AUGGGUCUUCUAGCCCUUGGAACCGCGCUGGAGUGGCCGGAGGCGAAGAAAAAGGCUGGCCUAGUACGCCAGUGGGGCAUUGAGCAAUUACUCACUAACUGGCGCCGUGCCAAAGGCAAGGAACGUGAUGCCCUUCUAUGGGGUGACGAGGUCGAAUACCUCGUGGUGGCCCUCGACGAUGAGACAAAAAAGGCACGGUUAUCGUUGGCUCAGGCCGAGAUUCUGAAAUCCCUUGCCCGGGACGAGGCCCUCUGGAAGGCUGGCGGUGCCGGGCAGGGCGGCAGCGGGGACCAUGAUGGCGAAGAUCCCCCUCACUUCCACCCCGAAUUCGGUCGAUUCAUGCUGGAGGCUACACCCGGACGUCCUUGGGGUAUUGGUUUCAAAGACCUCCUGAAGGUGGAAUCCAACAUGAAAUGGAGGCGAGAAGUUGCGAAAGCGCAUAUGGCGCCGAAUGAAUCCCCUAUAACUCUCACAACGUUCCCCCGACUGGGCACAAAGGACGACUAUAUUCAACCUUACUAUCCCCCAUCGGGGCCGGCUUUACGGUCUCAGUUCGUCCCUGAUGAGAUCGCCAACCCGCACAUCCGUUUCCCGACCCUCGCGGCGAAUAUUCGCACUCGCAGAGGGCGCAAGGUUGAAUUGAAUGUACCGGUCUUCAAAGAUAUCAAUACUCCCUCACCAUUCAAGGACCCUACCGUCAACUACGACCUCCAUCAAUGGCCCGAGGACGCCGACGUGCGCAAUGGUGCUGCUAAGGAUGACCAUGUCUAUAUGGAUGCUAUGGCAUUUGGCAUGGGUAGUUGCUGCCUGCAAAUCACCUUCCAGGCCAAAAAUAUUCCGGAGGGUCGAAAGCUUUACGAUCAACUGAGUCCACUGGGUCCGAUUCUUCUUGCUCUCACGGCAGCAACUCCGAUUUAUAAAGGUUUCCUCGUGGACACCGAUGUGCGAUGGAACCAGAUCAGCAAUGCCGUGGAUGACAGAACCCCCGAAGAACUCGGUGAAGCUCCUCUCAAAAACGAUCGCUGGAGGAUCCCCAAGUCUCGGUAUGCUUCAAACUCGACUUAUAUUUCUCAAGACCCGCGACUGCGGAAGGAAUACCUUGAUCCAGAUCUGGUCGUAGAUGAGGACAUCAAGAAGAAACUAAUGGACGGUGGAAUGGACGAUCAGUUGGCGACACACUUUGCUCAUCUGUUCAUCCGAGACCCAUUGGUGAUCUUCUCCGAGGAUUUGGAGGAACUUGACUUAAAUAAGGGCGAUCACUUCGAAAACCUCCAGUCCACCAACUGGCAGCACAUGCGGUUCAAGCCUCCGCCCUCCGAUAAAGAUGACAUUGGUUGGCGAGUGGAGUUCCGCCCUAUGGAGAUUCAAAUCACGGAUUUCGAAAAUGCGGCAUUCAGCAUUUUCAUGGUCCUCAUCACCCGUGCCAUUCUCAGUUUCAACCUAAAUUUCUACCUGCCUAUUCCGCGCACAACCGAGAAUAUGGAGACGGCACAUGCUCGCAACGCUGUCCUUGAUCAGAAGUUCUAUUUCCGCAAAGACCCAUUUGCCGAGCGGACCCCCCGGAAUGCUCAGCACUCAUCUAACGGCAGCACCUUUUCCUCGACUACCUCUUCGGCGGUUAACACGCCCCCGCCCUCCCCGCCCUUGGGCCCUGUCGAGUCGGAAUACGAACUCAUGACUAUCUCUGAGAUCAUGAAUGGCUGCUCUGAUGGAGGAUUCCCAGGUCUCAUCCCCCUGGUAGAGUCUUAUCUCAACAGUGUCAACGUGGAUGUCGAGACACGCUGCUUCUUAGCAACUUACCUUGACCUUAUCCGCAAACGUGCUGAUGGAACCCUAUGGACCGGAGCCCGAUGGAUCCGUGAGUUUGUAAGCAAGCACCCCAGCUACAAGCAGGACAGCGUUGUUUCCGAGGAGAUCACCUAUGACCUCGUUAAGGCGGUCGAAGAGAUGACGGCCAAAGAGGGCAAGAAUGGCUCUAUUGGCUGGGAGCUACUUCGAGGCAAAAAGAAUUAA